AUGGCUGGCGCCUCAGUGAAAGUGGCAGUGAGAGUUCGGCCCUUUAACGCCCGUGAGACCAGCCAGGAUGCCAAGUGUGUGGUCAGCAUGCAGGGCAGCACCACCUCCAUCAUCAAUCCCAAACAGAGCAAGGAUGCCCCCAAAAGCUUCACUUUCGAUUACUCCUACUGGUCACACACUUCGGCGGAGGACCCCCAGUUUGCAUCUCAGCAGCAGGUGUAUCGGGACAUUGGAGAGGAGAUGCUGCUCCAUGCCUUUGAAGGCUACAAUGUGUGCAUCUUUGCCUAUGGACAGACGGGGGCUGGGAAGUCCUACACCAUGAUGGGGCGGCAGGAGCCGGGGCAGCAGGGCAUCGUGCCCCAGCUCUGUGAGGACCUCUUCUCUCGUGUUAGUAAGAACCAGAGUGCUCAGCUAUCCUAUUCUGUGGAGGUGAGCUACAUGGAGAUCUACUGCGAGAGGGUACGAGACCUCUUGAACCCCAAGAGUCGGGGCUCUCUGCGGGUCCGAGAGCACCCCAUCCUGGGCCCCUAUGUGCAGGACCUGUCUAAACUGGCUGUGACCUCCUACGCUGACAUUGCUGACCUCAUGGAUUGCGGCAAUAAGGCGCGGACCGUGGCUGCCACCAACAUGAAUGAGACCAGCAGCCGUUCCCACGCUGUCUUCACCAUUGUCUUCACACAGCGCUGUCACGACCAGCUCACUGGACUGGACUCAGAGAAGGUCAGUAAGAUCAGUUUGGUGGACCUUGCUGGCAGCGAGCGGGCCGACUCCUCAGGGGCCCGGGGCAUGCGCCUAAAGGAAGGCGCCAACAUCAACAAGUCCCUGACCACUCUGGGGAAGGUGAUCUCAGCCCUUGCGGACAUGCAAUCAAAGAAGCGGAAGUCGGAUUUUAUCCCUUACAGGGACUCUGUGCUCACCUGGCUGCUCAAGGAGAAUCUGGGUGGGAAUUCCCGCACAGCAAUGAUUGCAGCCCUGAGCCCCGCGGACAUCAAUUAUGAAGAGACUCUUAGCACCCUCAGGUAUGCUGACCGCACCAAGCAGAUCCGUUGCAAUGCUGUCAUCAAUGAGGACCCUAACGCCCGGCUGAUCCGGGAGCUGCAGGAAGAGGUGGCCAGGCUACGGGAGCUGCUCAUGGCUCAAGGGCUCUCUGCCUCGGCCCUGGGAGGCCGGAAGGUGGACGAGGGGAGUCCCGAAGGUGCUUUGCCGGCUCUGUCGUCACCCUCUGCCCCAGCUUCGCCAUCAUCCCCCACAGCUCACAAUGGGGAGCUGGAGCCCUCAUUCUCCCCUAACGCCGAGCCCCAGAUUGGGCCUGAGGAGGCCAUGGAGAGACUGCAGGAGACAGAGAAGAUUAUUGCUGAGCUGAAUGAAACCUGGGAGGAGAAGCUCCGUAAGACGGAGGCCUUGAGGAUGGAGAGAGAAGCACUGCUGGCUGAGAUGGGGGUGGCUGUCCGAGAAGACGGGGGAACCGUGGGCGUCUUCUCUCCAAAGAAGACUCCGCACCUGGUGAACCUGAAUGAAGACCCCCUGAUGUCCGAGUGUCUGCUCUACCACAUCAAAGAUGGCGUUACCAGGGUUGGCCAGGUCGAUGUGGACAUCAAGCUGACCGGGCAGUUCAUCCGGGAGCAACACUGCCUGUUCCGGAGCAUCCCUCAGUCAGACGGAGAAGUGGUGGUCACCCUGGAACCCUGCGAAGGAGCUGAGACCUAUGUCAAUGGGAAACUUGUGACUGAGCCUGUGGUGCUGAAGUCAGGGAAUAGGAUUGUGAUGGGCAAGAACCACGUGUUCCGCUUCAAUCACCCAGAGCAGGCACGGCUGGAGCGGGAACGAGGGGUCCCCCCUCCCCCAGGACCGCCCUCCGAGCCUGUUGACUGGAACUUUGCCCAGAAGGAACUACUGGAGCAGCAAGGCAUCGACAUCAAGCUAGAGAUGGAGAAGAGGCUUCAGGAUCUGGAGAACCAGUACAGAAAGGAAAAGGAAGAGGCUGACCUUCUUCUGGAGCAGCAGCGGCUGUACGCGGACUCUGACAGUGGGGAUGACUCCGACAAGCGCUCCUGCGAAGAGAGCUGGCGGCUCAUCUCAUCCCUGCGCGAGCAGCUGCCCCCCACCACGGUCCAGACCAUCGUUAAGCGCUGUGGCCUACCCAGCAGCGGCAAGCGCAGGGCCCCCCGCAGGGUGUACCAGAUCCCCCAGCGGAGGCGGCUGCAGGGCAAAGACCCCCGCUGGGCCACCAUGGCCGACCUGAAGAUGCAGGCUGUGAAGGAGAUCUGCUAUGAGGUGGCCCUGGCUGACUUCCGCCACGGGCGGGCUGAGAUCGAGGCCCUGGCCGCCCUCAAGAUGCGGGAGCUCUGCCGCACAUAUGGCAAGCCCGAGGGGCCCGGGGAUGCCUGGAGGGCCGUGGCCCGGGACGUCUGGGACACAGUGGGCGAGGAAGAAGGUGGUGGAGGUGGAGGUGGCGGCAGUGAGGAGGGAGCCCGCGGCGCGGAGGUGGAGGACCUGCGGGCUCACAUUGACAAGCUGACGGGGAUCCUGCAGGAGGUGAAGCUGCAGAACAGCACCAAGGACCGCGAGCUGCAGGCCCUGCGGGACCGCAUGCUUCGCAUGGAGAGGGUCAUCCCCCUGGCCCAGGAUCACGAGGAUGAGAAUGAAGAAGCUGGUGAGACCACGUGGGCCCAGCCCCAAGGGUCUGAGGCAGCGGAGGAGGAAGCCUCCAGUGACCGAGCGCCCCCCGCCCGGCCCUCCUCGCCACCCCUGUCUAGCUGGGAGCGGGUAUCAAGGCUGAUGGAAGAGGACCCUGCCUUCCGUCGGGGCCGCCUCCGCUGGCUCAAGCAGGAGCAGCUGCGGCUGCAGGGACUGCAGGGCUCCGGGGGCCGGGGCGGGGGGCUGCGCAGACCCCCCGCCCGCUUUGUGCCCCCUCAUGACUGCAAACUGCGCUUCCCCUUCAAGAGCAACCCCCAGCACCGAGAGUCCUGGCCGGGGGCGGGGGCCGGGGAGUCCCCAGCACCACCCCAGCCCCCCGAGGAGCUCACCCCACCUCCAGCCACCCCUGCGCGAAGGCCCCCAAGUCCCCGUAGGUCCCACCGUCCCCGCAGGAACUCCCUGGACGGAGGGGGCCGGUCCCGGGGAGGGGGUUCUGCACAGCCCGAACCCCAGCACUUCCAGCCCAAAAAGCACAACUAUUAUCCCCAGCAGCCCCAGCCAUACCCAGCCCAAAGGCCCCCGGGGCCCCGCUACCCCCCAUACACUACACCCCCGAGGAUGAGACGGCAGCGCUCAGCCCCUGACCUCAAGGAGAGCGGGGCGGCCGUGUGA